CUUUUAUGUUCAUCAUUUCCACAGAAGCGUGGUUAAAGAUCUUCUCAUUCAACACGGAGUCUUCCAGAACUUUGGAUCACCUCACUGUGCCUCCAGGCCAACUCAUGUUCGGCGAGACCAUGGCAGCGCUGCCAGGGUGCUGGACCCGCCCGACCGAUAUUACACAAUCGAAUCGCCAGAACAUACAUGAGUACAUUUUCAUACUGAAAGACAAUCAUGAAUUUAUAGCCUAUGAGUAUCGUGACGGUGCAGGUCCAUAGAUAAAUGCCACUGAUACAGAGUUUAUUAUUACCGUCCGACAGUAUCUCAUCAGCCACAACUUGAAGAACCUCCUGGGUAUCGUGGUUCUAGAGAGAGACCCUAAUGCGAAACUGCAGGAGUUUGUACUUUCGAAUAGCCAUGGUACUGUAAUGCUCGAUGCGAACAUCACUAAAUCCAGCGAGGCUUACCGAGUUACGGGUUGUGCCGCUGCGAUCAAUAAGACUACCGGCAUCGUAGAACUUAAGGGCGGUCAAUCUCAUGCUAAGACGACGAAAGGAACCCAUCAGGUCUUGUAUGAUGGCAAGGGGCUGCCGGACAUGCCUGACGACAAGGAGGCGGCCAUCCAAAAUGCUUUGCACGAAGAGGGCAUUAUCGAGUAGGAGCCAGCAGUUGCCUUAAUCUGGUUUCCAUCAUGUUUAGUCGAGUCUGCUGUUUAUCGCCAAUGGUGUAAAGAGUAGUCCGGGUUCUGAGUUUGAAGGGUUUCUAUUUCAACAGCCUUCUGCAAUACAGCAUGACGGUAGCUGUGACUUUAUAUCUUUGAAAUCAACAAAAGGCACUGUACAUGGUCAGCGUUGAUGGCAUAAACCUCCUGGGGCUUCAAUUUCACACUCAAAAACCUAUCAGUUUAGCAAGCGACAUGCAUAGCCAAGUCUACGAUGGCCAUAUAUACUACGAAGUGCGUCAGGCUCAGGAAGUGGGCGACAACAGACUUGUCGGUCGUUUGUUGACGCCUGUAACUAAAAUCACACGGAAACGUCUGCAAAGACUCUGAAAGGAAUCAGAGCAAACGACAACAGUAUUCGAAAAAUUUAUAAAUAUUCCUGGAUUAUGGCCAGGCAUGCGUCUUGGUAUGAUGCAUAGGAUACUGGCCGUCAAAUGCGAAGAGGAAAUUAUCAAUUACCUCCAUCACAUAUAAUGGACAAUCGUAGGACCUUUGCACGACUUAGUUCCAGGCGCAACAGUCAUGAGGACUCGUCCUCCAGAAUCUCUGUACCUCUGAUUCAUCGGACAUGGCCAACAAUUGUCUCCAUAUUCAUUCUCCAAAUAAUGCGG